CCACCCUCAUAUACCCUGCAUGCUGGGUCAUGCUAUGCUGUUAUGCAGAUAGCUUCCAGCAAAGAGUUAAUUGAGUAUCAAGAUGAAGCGCGCGCACUUACCGAUUGAGACGCUGCCGGCGUGGGUGAGGCUCAAUGGAAUCGGGGUGGAGAGCGUUGUCUUCGGUCCUCUCGGCGCUGAUGAUCAUACUGGUGAUAAUACCUCGGACAGCAGCAACAGCAACAAGGGCACAGGGAUCAUCGCGACAGAGGACCGAGCCGGUGGCGAGACCGCCCUUGGCGCCGUGGAUACGGGGGUCCUGUUGAAGGUUCCUCCGGAUCUGAUCCUGUCGUUGGAGACGGUGCAUGGGUAUGCCAAGUCGGAUGGGCGGCUGAGGGCGGUGUUGGAUGCUGUCGGGGAGUUUGGACGGACCCCGCGCGGCGCGAUUUUGAUCUUCCUGCUCAUGCAGAUCACGCACUCCAGUCCGGAUUGCACGAUCCAAAGCCCGGCGGUGGGUGUCGCGGGCCCCUGGACGGAGUAUAUGAAAUACAUGCCACAGGAGAUCCCGCUGCCCACUUUUUACUCGGAAGCGGAGAUGGAGCUGCUGCGCGGGACGUCGUUGCGGUUGGCGGUGCAUGCGAAGCUGGCGGCGUUGGAGAAGGAGUUUGCGCGGCUGCGGGAGGCGACGCGGGGGAUUGACUGGUGUCGGGAGGUUUGGUGGGGAGGUGAUGCUGCUGAUGAUGUUGAGGGUGAUGUUGAUGCUGGAGAAGAGGGACGGCUGACGCUCGAGGACUGGAAAUACGUCGACGCGCUGUAUCGGUCGCGGAUGGUCGAUCUGCCGACCAGCGGGCAUGCCAUGGUCCCCUGCAUUGACAUGGCGAAUCAUAGCUCCGACGACACGGUCAAGGCGCUGUAUGAUGAGGAUGCGGAGGGGAAUGUGGUGCUGCAGUUGCGGUAUGGGAAGAGGGUGCAUGCGGGGGAGGAGGUGACUAUCUCGUACGGCGAUGAGAAGCCCGCUUCGGAAAUGAUCUUCUCUUACGGCUUUCUGGAUCGAGAGACCACCGAUGCGAAACAGAUUUUCCUGGACCUGGAUAUUCCGGACGAUGACCCGCUGAAGGUCGUCAAGAAGGCGUUCUGUAAGGAGCCCCCGGGUGUCCGGGUGUAUACGUCGGCUGCAGAUUCCGAGUCAGCGCCCACCACGGCGUGGGAGAGCUCGAUCAUCUGGUGGGCGUGCGUGAACGAGGAGGAUGGGUUGGAUUUUACGGUCCUUCAGACUAAUGAUGGCGGACGCGAGCUGAAGGCGCUGUGGAAGGGGGCGGAGUUGCGCGAUUCGAGUCAUCUCAGCGAGUUGCUCCGUGCGGAUCCGCAUUGGGAAAUCAUCCAGCUUCGCGCGGCGGUGCUUAUUCUCGAGAGGCUAGAGACGCAGGCUUGGGUGCUUCGGGAGACGGGGUUGAUGGUCUUGGAGAUUGAUGAGAAUGAGGACAUGCGGGCAAUGUUCAGGCCGGAUGUUUAUGCUAUGAUCAAGCGGUUACGGGUGCUGGAGAUGAAUUUGUUGGGUCGGGGGAUUGAAGGUUUGGCCACGCGGAGAGAUGAGCUCAUGGCCAGUCCCACGGUCAGUCGGUACCUUGGGCAGCAGCAGCCGGAGGCUGUUGGGGCGGAGGAUGACUCCGGCCAGCAGCAGUCUGAAGAUGUUGAGGAAGAUUUCUCUUGAGGCGAACUGAGGACAACAGCGCUGAAUGACGACUGGAGAAAAUGCUAGAACUCGAGUUCUCUUAAGAGAAGCCAUGAUCGCACAACAUGGCAGUGCCAACCCUAUAAGUGGUGACAUAGUAUUAGUUAUAGGUCUCUCAGUGAUGUAACAUAAUCCGUAAGUAAACUGGGAGCCGGCCACCUUGGUAACUACCAG